AACACACUUCCAAGUACGAAACAGACUGAGGAAAUUCCAAAAUCGGUUGUUAAUUAACUCCUUGGCCGGCCUCAUCCAAAUGGAAGAAGGUUUAAAGUCCUGAUGCCCCCGAUAAUCUCAUCAACUGCGUUCGGCAGGCGGUCCAAAUCGCCGCCGCUCCGCUCCAUCAUCCACGCGCGAAUUAUCUAUCCCUUCCCGAUUAAUUAAUCUCCGUGCCGCGAUCGUCACGGAUUCCUUCUUCCUCGUUCCAAUUCCAACUGAGCCGGUCAGCAGCUGCAGCUGCAGAGUGAGAGUGAUCGGCUACUUGUACGCGUGCGCGAGCAUCACCGUGCAGGUAGCAACCGGGGUGGACUGAGCGCGGUCCCCAACACGGCAACACGGGCCACAAUUCAGCCAUGAGGCUCUCGCCGCCGCGGCGCCUCCUCCCCCUGGCCCCCUUCCUCCUGCUGCUGCUCACGCUCCUCUCGCCGCCUCGAGCGGCGGCAGCAGCGGGCGGCGGCCCAUCCGCGUGGGUGGCGCUCCGCGGGGCGGCGGGCAGCCGGAAGGCGUCUCCGGCGGAGCAGGAAGCGGCGGCCGCGGGGCUGCUCCGCCGGCUGCUCCCUUCCCACGCGGGCAGCUUCAGCUUCCAGAUCGACUCCAAGGGCGCCGUCUGCGGUCAAUCAAGCUGCUUCAGGAUAAGCAACGUCGUUGACGGCUCGGGCAAAGGUGGAGCGGAGAUUCUGAUCCAGGGAACCACAGGUGUUGAGCUUGCGUCUGGCCUACAUUGGUAUUUGAAAUACUGGUGUGGUGCACAUAUCUCCUGGGACAGGACUGGGGGUGCCCAGCUGGCAUCGAUCCCUUCUCCUGGAUCUCUGCCACGGGUGCAGGGCAAGGGAGUCAAGAUUGAGCGUCCUGUUCUGUGGAAUUACUAUCAGAAUGUCGUCACUUCUAGCUACUCCUAUGUGUGGUGGGACUGGAAAAGAUGGGAGAAAGAAAUUGACUGGAUGGCACUUCAAGGAAUUAACUUGCCUUUAGCAUUUACUGGACAGGAAUCUAUCUGGCAGAAGGUUUUUAAGAGUUUUAAUGUUACCGACAGAGAUUUAGAUGAUUUUUUCGGUGGACCAGCUUUCCUGGCUUGGGCUAGAAUGGGGAACUUGCAUGGCUGGGGUGGACCACUGUCACAAAACUGGUUGGAUCAACAAUUGGCAUUGCAGAAGAAAGUACUAUCCCGGAUGAUUGAGCUUGGGAUGGUCCCUGUUCUUCCAUCGUUCUCAGGAAAUGUUCCAGCUGUUUUCGCAAAAUUAUUUCCAUCAGCCAACAUUACCCUGCUUGGUGAUUGGAAUACAGUUGAUGCUAAUCCUAAGUGGUGCUGCACUUAUCUUCUUGAUCCUUCUGAUUCAUUGUUUAUAGAUGUGGGGCAGGCUUUUAUCAGGCAACAGAUAAAAGAGUACGGCGAUGUAACCAACAUCUAUAACUGUGACACGUUCAAUGAGAAUACCCCACCAACAGAUGAACCAGCAUAUAUUUCAUCACUUGGUUCUGCUAUCUAUGAAGCAAUGUCCCGAGGUAACAAGAAUGCAGUGUGGUUAAUGCAGGGUUGGUUAUUCUACUCAGAUGCUGCAUUCUGGAAGGAGCCACAAAUGAAAGCACUUCUUCACUCUGUUCCAAUUGGUAAGAUGAUAGUUCUCGAUUUAUUUGCUGAUGUCAAGCCCAUUUGGAAAAUGUCCUCUCAGUUCUACGGUGUACCUUACAUCUGGUGCAUGUUACACAACUUUGGUGGGAACAUUGAAAUGUAUGGCGUACUUGAUUCAAUUUCAUCUGGCCCCAUUGAUGCCCGUACAAGUUACAAUUCAACAAUGAUUGGUGUUGGCAUGUGCAUGGAGGGAAUAGAGCACAAUCCAGUUGUUUAUGAACUUAUGUCUGAAAUGGCAUUUCAUAAUAAGAAGGUUGAAGUUGAGGACUGGUUAAAAACAUACUCCUAUAGGAGAUAUGGUCGAGCGAAUGCUGAAAUAGAGAAAGCUUGGAGAUAUUUGUAUCAUACAAUAUACAAUUGCACCGAUGGAAUUGCGGAUCAUAAUAAAGACUACAUAGUUGAAUUUCCAGACAUAAGUCCCAGCUCAAUUAGUUCUCAGCUUUCUAAACGAAGGGGUAUGUCAAUUAUGAGAAACCAUAGGAGGUUUUUCUUAAGUGAGGUGUCUGGAAGCCUACCACAUCCGCACCUAUGGUAUUCUACGAAGGAGGCCAUCAAAGCCCUUGAACUAUUUCUUGAUGCAGGAAGCACAUUUUCAAAAAGUCUCACAUAUAGGUAUGACCUUGUCGACCUAACUAGGCAGUGCCUAUCCAAACUAGCAAAUGAAGUGUACCUUGAUGCGAUGAGUUCGUACCAAAAGAAAGAUUCAAAUGGCCUGAAUUCUCACACGAGGAAAUUUCUUGAGAUCAUCAUGGAUAUUGAUACACUACUAGCUGCUGAUGAUAACUUUCUGCUGGGCCCCUGGCUGGAAAGUGCAAAAAGCCUUGCUAUAACUGAAAAGGAACGCCAGCAGUAUGAGUGGAACGCCAGAACACAGGUGACGAUGUGGUAUGACAACACAGAGACCGAGCAGAGUAAAUUGCAUGACUACGCCAAUAAGUUUUGGAGCGGGCUACUGAAGAGCUAUUACCUUCCAAGGGCGUCAAAAUACUUCGCCUACUUAACAAGGAGCCUGCAAGAGAACCAGAGCUUCCAGCUGGAGGAGUGGAGGAAGGAUUGGAUCUCAUAUUCCAACGAGUGGCAGUCCGGGAAGGAGGUGUAUGCCGUGAAGGCCACGGGUGAUGCUUUGGCCAUCGCCAGGUCACUGUACAGAAAAUACUUGAGUUCUUGAGCUAGUCGUCGCUGCCAGAGUGCCAGAGCCUUGGAAUAAUUGUUGCCGUGGGGUAAUUGUGCACGGAUGUUACAAAUGAUUGAUUGUGUAAUUGUGUUCUUCAGUAAGUUGCCUGUUAAAACAGAUGCCACGAAAGGCAGAUGCAUAUGUUAGCAAGUUGUAGGGUUGAUAUGUGAAAUAUUUGUCUUCCAUGAUCACGUGAUGUAGAGCGAAACCCUCAGCAUUGAUUUCUUGA